AUGAGUGCAUCAAAGACAGUGAGGAAAUUGCAAGUGGUGUCUCCAGUCCCAGCUGACAUUGACAUUGCAAACUCUGUUGAACCUUUACACAUCUCUGAGAUUGCUGAAGAACUCAAUCUUAGUCCCAAACAUUAUGAUCUCUAUGGCAAAUUCAAGGCCAAGGUUUUGUUGUCUGUGAUUGAUGAGCUUGAAGGAAGUACAGAUGGGUAUUAUGUGGUGGUUGGAGGGAUUACUCCAACCCCUCUUGGGGAAGGCAAGUCUACUACUACCGUUGGUCUCUGCCAAGCCUUGGGAGCUUUUCUUGAUAAAAAGGUUGUCACCUGCCUUCGCCAACCAUCACAAGGACCAACUUUUGGUAUCAAAGGGGGUGCAGCAGGCGGUGGUUACAGUCAAGUGAUUCCAAUGGAUGAGUUCAAUCUUCACCUAACUGGGGAUAUCCAUGCAAUAACGGCUGCAAACAACCUUCUAGCUGCUGCUAUUGAUACACGAAUAUUCCAUGAAUCAACACAAACAGAUAAGGCUCUUUUGAACCGGUUAUGCCCACCAAGCAAAGAAGGUAAACGAAGCUUUAGUGACAUAAUGUUUAGGCGUUUGAAGAAACUUGGUAUUUCCAAGAAGCAGCCUGAGGAUCUUACUGCACAAGAAAUCAAGAAAUUUGCUCGGCUUGACAUAGACCCUGAUUCCAUCACGUGGAGGAGAGUUAUGGAUGUCAAUGACCGAUUCUUGAGGAAGAUUACUGUUGGUCAGGGGCCCGAAGAGAAAGGGAUGGUGAGAGAAACAGGAUUUGAUAUUUCAGUUGCUAGUGAGAUAAUGGCAGUUUUGGCGCUCACAACUUCUCUUGCUGACAUGAGAGAGAGGCUUGGAAAAAUGGUGAUUGGAAACAGCAAGGCGGGUGACCCUAUAACUGCUGAUGAUCUUGGUGUUGGAGGUGCUUUGACUGUACUAAUGAAAGAUGCAAUUAAUCCUACUUUGAUGCAGACUCUUGAGGGAACCCCCGUCUUAGUUCAUGCAGGUCCUUUUGCAAAUAUUGCCCAUGGGAAUUCAUCUAUUGUUGCUGAUAAGAUCGCACUUAAGCAGGUGGGACCAGGUGGUUUUGUUGUCACAGAAGCAGGCUUUGGCGCUGAUAUUGGAACUGAGAAGUUUAUGAAUAUCAAAUGUCGAUAUAGUGGUUUAACACCCCAAUGUGCUGUUAUUGUGGCAACAAUAAGGGCCCUCAAAAUGCACGGUGGAGGGCCAGAAGUUGUGGCUGGGAGGUCCCUUGACCGUGCCUACCUAACAGAGAAUGUGUCUCUUGUUGAAGCUGGUUGUGUGAAUCUUGCCAGGCAUAUUUCAAACACAAAGGCUUACGGUGUGAACGUCGUGGUAGCUGUUAACAUGUUCUCAACUGAUUCUGAAGUGGAACUAAACGCAGUUCGGAAUGCAGCAUUAGCAGCUGGGGCAUUUGAUGCUGUUGUUUGUACUCAUCAUGCCCAUGGUGGCAAAGGAGCGAUUGCCAAAAAUGAAACUCCCAUCUGGGAUAGCAGGGAUCCAGAUAUAGUUCUUCUUUAUAGCCAGAUCUUUGCUGCUUUGGGCCUUGGUUCUGUGCUUUUGGAUGGAUUUCUGUUUGCUGGGCCUUUUCUAUUUGCGGAUUUGGGCUUUGUGGACCUUGGCAUUGCAGUUCAAAAAGCCUGUGAGAAUGUGACACAAAAAUUGAAAUUCUUAUAUCCUUUGGAUACUAGCAUAAAAGAGAAAAUUGAAGCAAUAGCAAACUCAUAUGGUGCCAGCGGUGUUGAGUACUCUGAACAGGCUGAGAAACAGAUUGAGAUGUACAGCAAGCAAGGAUUCUCCACUCUGCCAAUCUGCAUGGCGAAAACCCAAUACUCAUUUUCACAUGAACCAUCAAAAAAGGGUGCUCCAACUGGGUUUUCUUUACCAAUCAGGGAUGUAAGGGCAAGCAUUGGAGCUGGAUUCAUUUAUCCUUUAGUUGGGACGAUGAGUACAAUGCCAGGCCUCCCUACAAGGCCUUGCUUCUACGACAUUGAUCUCGACACAACCACUGGAAGGGUAAUUGGUCUUUCUUGA